UAAUUUGGAAUCAAAUAUCUCAUUUUUCAGAGUUAAGCUACCACCAAACAACCAAACCCAUUCUUUGAUCAUGUAUCCCCAAAAACAACCAUCACCACCACCAUCAGCUCCUCCACAUUUACACAACCAACCACCACCACCUCUGCCGCCGCAGCCUCAGCCUCAGUAUGCCAGCGGUAUCCCCGCUCACUACGUGGCUCCUCCGGCCUGCAAUGCUAACUGGUCGAGCAGCCUUUGUGCCUGCUGCUCCGAUGUCCCCAACUGUUGCUUAACAUGUUGGUGUCCGUGUAUCACUUUUGGACAGAUAGCUGAGAUUGUUGACAAAGGAAAUACUUCUUGUGGAGUGCAUGGGUUCCUUUAUGGAUUAAUUGAAGCUCUCACAUGUUGUGGAUGCAUAUAUUCUUGUACUUAUCGGACUAAAAUGAGGAGUCAAUACGGAUUGCGUGAAUCUCCUUGUAACGAUUGCCUUGUUCAUUUUUUCUGUGAACGAUGUGCCUUGUGUCAAGAGUAUAGGGAGCUCAAGCGUCGCGGAUUUGACAUAUCAAUUGGGUGGCAAGGUAACAUAGAGAGGCAAAAUUAUGGAGUCCAAAUACCGCCAAUGGCCCCAGGGGGAAUGUACCGUUAAGUAACGACACAUCCUGAAUGUAUUGAGAGUGAUAUUAUAUUGUCAUAAAUUUGUUUGUAUUUGGUAUUGCCUUUAUAGUGUGAAUUCUUAUCAAAUAUCAAUUUAUAUGUAUGCAUGUAUAUUGUUGCUGAAUUACCACAAAUUUUAAAAUCUA